AUGGUACAUGCAGGAAGGAACACAGCACAUGGCACAGUGAGUGAGGGGAGCCCCGCUGGUAGAGCAUUGUGGAGCACAGUGGUAAGGGCUGUCGUUGAAAGUAACUGGGUAGACAGCAUGCAGAGAGGUGAAAUGCAGAGAGGCAGUAUGGCAAUGGCAUGUGUUAUACUGGAAGACAGUGCGUCAUGUGUUGUACUGCGAGACAGUGCGGCACCUUUUGUACUAGGAGACAGUGCGGCACAUGUCGUGCUGGGAGACUGUGCGGCACCUGUUGUAGUGGGAGACCGUGCGGCACCUGUUGUGCUGGGAGACCGUGCGGCACCUGCUGUACUAGGAGACCGUGCGGCACCUGUUGUGCUGGGAGACAGUGCGGCACCUGCUGUGCCUGCUGUGCUGGGAGACAGUGCGGCACCUGCUGUGCUAGGAGACCGUGCGGCACCUGCUGUGCUGGGAGACAGUGCGGCACCUGCUGUGCUGGGAGACCGUGCGACACCUGCUGUGCUGGGAGACAGUGCGGCACCUGCUGUGCUGGGAGACAGUGCGGCACCUGUUGUACUGGGAGACAGUGCGGCACCUGUUGUACUGGGAGACAGUGCGGCACCUGUUGUACUGGGAGACAGUGCGGCACCUGUUGUACUGGGAGACAGUGCGGCACCUGUUGUACUGGGAGACAGUGCGGCACCUGUUGUACUGGGAGAUCUUUUCCAAUCAUCGUUCCUCGAUCGAGUGUUUGCACAUGGCUGCCGACAUGGCCCUGAUGAACCAGCCAAGAGGAAGACCACGGGGGUCAAUCCGUGGAACUAUAGUGAUGCUGAAAGCGGGAAGGAGGACAAUGAGGAGGAUGAAUCGUGUGAGGGGCAGCAGGAAGAGGAGGAGGAGGAGGAGGAGGAGGAGGAGGAGGAGGAGGAGGAGGAGGAGGAUGAGGAGGAGGAGGAGGAGGAGGAGGAGGAGGAGGAGAGGAGGAGGACUAACUGA